UUUUUUCUGUUUAGAGUAUAUCUAGCAAAUUACCAUCUUGGUAAGUUAAAUUGAAGAAAUUAUCGAUCACUAGGAAAAUAUGAAAAGGAUAAUUUAAAUAAUUUUCUUUUGAAAGAAAAGUUUCUAAAAAAUGGAGUGAAUGAAAAAAUAUCUAUAUAUAUUAAUGAAAAAGCGGACAAAAGAAAAAGCAAACAAACAAAUAGAAGUUUAUUAAAGAAUGCCGAAUAUUAUACAGAUGUUAUUGAUUACAAUAAUGGAUUGUUUGAUGGAAAACAUGUUCAUAUUGGCAAAAAAUGGAUUAAAAAAAAAGGAUAUGAUGAUUUUUUGGAGAAAAGAAGGAGAAUUGGAGAUAUAAAAUUUAGAAAUUACGGAUUUGGAGUAGCUAUGUUUUUUUUUUUUUUCUUGGUAGGUGUAAGAAUUCCCCUAUCACCAGGAUUAACAUUUUUGAAUAAUAUUAAAUGGACGGAGAUUACAAAUAAUACAGUAGGGAAUUUUUUCUAUGAUGCUAUAGAAAAGAUGACAAAUAUUAUGGAUACCUAUUCUUAUAUAGUAUAUUUUAGCAUACUUAUUGUAAUAUUAUCUGUUAUGCUUAUAAUAGGGAUUUAUAUAAUCUUAAGGAAUAAUGAAAAAUAUAGUAAAAUUAAGAUAAUUAAUGAGUAUAAUAACUAA